AUGGGUAAUUGUAAUAUUAAUGAAAAAAAGGAAGAUCUUAUUGAGAAUAAUGUGGUUUCAGUUUAGAAUUUUCAAUUUAUUGAUGCAAUCGGAAGAGGAGGAUUUGGUAAGGUGUGGAAAGUUAGAUAAAAGAAAAAUAAGUAAUUUUAUGCUCUUAAAGUGAUGUCUAAACCAAAAAUCAUUUAAAAGAAGUCUGUGUAGUCUGUUAUGAAUGAAAAGACGUUAUUGAUAAAAAUUGAAAUUGAAUCAAGUUUUCUGAUCAACAUGCAAUAUUCUUUUUAAGAUAGAGAAUACUUAUAUUUGGUGAUGGAUUUGCUCUCUGGAGGAGAUCUGAGAUAUCACAUAGGAAGACACAGGAAAUUCAAUGAAGAACAAACAAAGUUUUUCAGUGGGUGUAUCAUUGUAGCAUUGGAUUACUUGCACCAAUAAGGAGUAUUGCAUAGAGAUCUUAAGCCAGAAAAUUUAGUAUUUGACAGUAAUGGAUAUCUUAGAUUGACUGAUUUGGGAAUAGCCAGAAUAUGGAAACCCGAGAAUUCUCAAGAUACAAGUGGAACUCCUGGGUACAUGGCUCCAGAGGUUAUGUGUAGACACAAUCACGGAGUAGCAGUAGAUUACUUUGCACUUGGAGUGAUCAUAUACGAAUGCAUGUUAGGCAGGAGACCAUAUUUAGGAAGGAGCAGAUAGGAAAUAAGAGAACAAAUGCUUGCCAAAUAAGUAGUCAUUAAGAGACAAGAAAUUCCUCCAGGAUGGAGUUUAGAGGCAGCUGAUUUUACAAAUAAACUUCUAUAAAGGAAGCCAUAGAAUCGUUUGGGUAACAAUGGACCAGAUGAAGUGAAGGAACACCCAUGGUUCAGAGAUUUUAAUUGGGAUAAGUUGAUCACAAAAUAGAUUAUUGCUCCAUUCAUCCCUAAUGGCAAUGAAGACAAUUAUCUUCCCUCUGAUAACAGACGAGAUUCUGAUGAUUCCAUUAAUGAAGAGUAAUAAAUAAUGCUGAGGAGGAAUUCUGAAUAAGUAGAUCUGUUUAAUGGAUAUGAUUUCGACAAUAACCCUGUGAGUGUUCCCAGCAGUUAGAUGGUUGUGUCGAGUACUUCUUCAUCUCGAAUGACCAAAUAGCCAACAACUACUAACACACCGAGAUCGGCUAAGUUAGCUCUAAAACUUAAAAAUUGA